UCUAUUAAUUUUUUCAAUUCACAACUCUUCUUUUAUAAGCUAUCAUCACAAAAAUCACACCAUCUUCAUAUUCUCUUCUAAACUUUUCGUUCUGUAAAAAACAAAAAAACUUGGUAACCAUAAAAACAAUGACGGAUCGUCAAACCCCACACACAGUUCAAGUUCACACAACACACCGUUACGAUACCGCUGUUAACCCUCAACAACGUUAUGAAACUAGCGCUGUUAACCCUCAACAGCGUUAUGUAACUGGAGCUACCCAUUACUCAUCAGACAAAUCUCCAUCAACCUCUCAAGUUGUUGCCGUGAUUGCCGGCCUUCCAGUAGGCGGCAUACUUCUCACACUUGCUGGACUCUCCCUUAUCGGAACUCUCACCGGACUGGCAGUCACAACCCCACUUUUCAUCCUCUUCAGCCCUGUUCUUGUUCCGGCCACCAUUGUCAUCGGGUUGGCUGUUGCCGGGUUUUUGACGUCAGGAGCUUUCGGGCUGACAGCUCUUUCGUCAUUCUCGUGGGUUAUGAACUACAUCCGGCAGACACAAGGAACUGUGCCGGAGCAGCUGGAGUACGCGAAGCGGAGGAUGGCGGAUGUGGCAGGUUACGUGGGGCAGAAGACAAAGGAGGCAGGACAGAAGACAAAGGAGGUUGGACAAGAUAUACAGUCAAAGGCUCAAGAUGCAAAGAGAACAUCAGCUGCAACAACUACAACAGGAUCAACUACAACAACAGCGGCAGCAUGAAUGGGUUUGGUUUAGUGCUUUGGGGGUUUAUGUAGGAUAUGUAUAAUAAAUGAUGAUGUAUAUGUCAUUUCAUGUGGACUUGCACUUCCUUUGUGUUUUGUAGGUUUGUUUUCUUUAAGUAUGGGUGCUUUGACAUCACUCUUUAUAUAGAUAGGUUGGCUCAUGGAAGUAUUUCACAUUUUGUUGCCUUGCAUUGUUGAAUUCAUUAUGUGAACUAUGUUUUAUGUUGGUGUCAUAAUUAUAUAUUAUCAACGCUUUUUACUUUGUUAAAA